AUGGAGGGAAACAACUUCAGCAAGCUAGUUACUGUCCCAGUUGCGUUGAAAGGUGGUUCAAACUACCUCGUGUGGUCUCGAUUGGUGAAGACUGCUAUUGGAAGGCUAGGGCUGUGGAGCCACAUCACUGAUGAUGGUCCGAAGCCAGUGGCCAACGAAACUGAAGAAGGAUCUCUUGAUGUCCCUCUUCUUGAAGCUUACAGCUACUGUAAGACUCCCAAACACUUGUGGGAGACCCUCUUAAAGACGUUUGGAAACGUCUCCAACAUCAUUCGUGUGUUUGAGCUGAAGAGAGCCAUUAACUCCAUGAAGCAAGAUGGAGGAGAGCUUACCAAACACAGGAAAGUUUGGAUCAUUAUGGAUGUCAUCAAAUACAUCAUGAGAUCGCAUAACCUACCAUUCAUGGAGGAAGUAUGCGUGCAACUUCAGAAGGAGGAGGGAUCUCUUGGCCUGUUUGGAGGCAAGGGUGAGCUCACUAUGGCUCAUCAAGCUGAAGGAAUACAAGCAAACAAGGCUGCAUACAGAAGCUCAGGAAGGAAGUAUGAAAACUUAGAUGAAAGCUAUGUGCCAAGAAGCUAUGAAGAAGCAAUGCUGAUUCAAGAGUGGAGGGAUUCAGUCAAUGGUGAGGCUGAUGCCAUGAUUAGAAAUGAUACAUGGUAUGAGAGUGAGUUGCCUAAGGGGAAGAGAGCUGUGUCAUGCAAGUGGAUCUUCACCAUCAAGUAUUUACCUAAUGGGAAGAUUGAUAGGCGUAAGACAAGGUUGGUUGCAACUGAUAGUACAAUCCUAAUGGCUGCAUACAGAAGCUCAGGAAGGAACUAUGAAAAGUAUGAGGGAAGCUGUGAGCAUUGCAAGAGGACCGGUCACAAGAAGAGUGAGUGUUGGAUCCUACAUCCUCACCUCAGGCCACGUGGGUCCAACAGGGAUAGGGAAGCAAAGGCUCAUCUUUCUGCUGAAGCAAAUGGUGCUGGCCACACAUUCAAAGAUCACCCAGCUCAACAUGGGAUUCUACAUCAGACUAGCUGUCCUUACACUCCACAACAGAAUGGAGUUGCUGAAAGGAAGAAUAGACACCUCAUGGAACUGGCCCGUUCAAUGAUGUUCCACAAGAGUGUCCCUAAGAGAUUUUGGAGUGAUGCUGUGAUGACUGCUUGCUAUCUAAUCAACAGGAUACCAACCAGAAUCCUAGAGGAUCAGUCUCCAUUUGAGGGAUACAAGUGCUUUGAUCCCACUGCUAGAAGAGUCUUGGUGUCUAGGGAUGUGAAGUUCAUGGAAGAUAAAUGGUAUUAUGAAGAGAAGAAUUGGGAGGAGCUUGAAGAACUUUCUCAACCAUCAGAUAGAGCUGCUAGUUUGAGAAACAUACUAGACGAACUCGAUAUUGGCGUGUCCCAGGAUCAGAGCAGGCGUGAAAAGCCUACUCAAGUGGCCGCUGAAGAACCAUCCCACUUUGAACAUGAGGGGGGAAGUGAAUCUGAAGCUGAAGGGUUAAAAGAUCAAGGCUCAGAAGAAGCUGGAGGUCUAGAAGAUCAAGGCUCAGAUUCUCCUGAAGCUGGAGAAGAAAUCCAGAUACAAGAGGAAGCUGUUGAGGAACAAGUAGAAGUUCCUUUGAGAAGAAUCACACAGGUAAGGAGGGAUUCUUACGAGUGGGCAAACACGAGAAACUGGGUAAACACGAGAGUGUUAUACAAUGCCCAGGCUGCAGAACAUCCUUCCCAAGCUGUGUGCUUCUUUGCUGAGUUAUCGGAAGAGCACUACUCCUUUAUGGAAAGCUUAGAUGAAAGCUAUGUGCCAAGAAGCUAUGAAGAAGCAAUGCUGAUUCAAGAGUGGAGGGAUUCAGUCAAUGAUGAGGCUGAUGCCAUGAUUAGAAAUGAUACAUGGUAUGAGAGUGUAAUGGGAAGAUUGAUAGGCGUAAGACAAGUCUGGUAG